AAAGCGGCUCGCUCGGUACGGCGCUAGUCGCCGCCACUCGCCUCUCCCGGCACCGGGAGCGCUACCGCUCUCCCGACGUGGGAGAGCCAGUUCCCGGCCGUGCGCCCUCCCCGUCCGAGUGCCCCGCCCUCCGGGGGCCCCGGGUCCCCAAGGUGGUCGCGGCGGCGGCAUCCCCAGGCCAGGCCGCGGGGGGAGGGGGCGGCCUGGAGACAGUGGCGGGGUCAGCACCGGCCACCGCAAGCGGGGCUAUGGAGCCCAGGGAGUCGGGGAAGCUAGAAUAGUGGAGCUGCAUCUGGCAUUUCAUAAGUUCUCAGUAUUUUGGGGAUGAGUGACUCAAAAUAGAAUCAUUCCAGGAGCCCUUCUGCUGCAGGGUGUGAAUGCGCUGAAGAACACCGCAGUCUGACGCCUCCUGUGCCUUCUGGGAGACAUUUGAUUUUUGGUGCUGCCAAUUAGGAGUGUUUAUUGUGCUCCUGUGACGUUUGAUGACAUCACCGUAUACUUGCUUCAGGAGGAAUGGAUGCUGCUGAGCCAGCAACAGAAGGAGAUCUGUGGUUCUGACAAGCUGGUGGCACCACUAGGACCGACUAUUGCCACCCCAGAGCUGUUCUAUAAGUUUGAGCAAGGGCCAGAGCCAUGGCUAGGCAAUGUCCAGGGCCAGAGGAAUGUCCUGAGCCACCAACCAGGGAAAAACAAGAUGGGCUGCAUGGAAGAAAGGGACUCUCGAAGUCCAGCCAGAGAAGCCGGACUGGACCUGCCCCCGCAGAAGAAAGUCUGUCUUUCCCACUUAUGCACAGAGCAUGGCAACACUGAGGUAGACUGUACAGGAAAAAGCAAAAAACCCUUGAAACCCCGCUCUAUCCAGAAGUCUUGGUUUACACAGUUCCCGUGGCUGGUCAUGAAUGAGGAGCAGACGGCUCUCUUUUGCUCUGCUUGCCGCGAAUACCCAUCUGUGAGGGACAAACGGUCAAGAUUAAUAGAAGGUUAUACAGGACCAUUCAAGGUGGAGACUCUCAAAUACCAUGCCAAGAGCAAAGCUCACCUGUUCUGCGUCAAUGCCUUGGCAGCACGGGACCCCAUCUGGGCAGCCCGUUUCCAGAGCAUCCGAGAGGAAUCUGGAGAUGUCCUGGCCAGCCCGAAGCACCUCUUCACGGCAGACUACCCCAUAUUGUACCCCCCAGGGCCUCUGGGAGCCUAUGAUAACAUGGCUCAGCUCCUGCCCAGCCCAAGAGCUGAACUGGAGGACCCGGGGGGGAGUGGAGCAAUUCCUACAUUGUAUCUAGACUGCAUUUCUGAGUUGAGGCAAAAAGAAAUUGUUGGUGAUGCCCAAAGCUCCUCAAAUGGGAACAUUUUGUGUGAUGACACUGCUGAACCCUGCAGCCAGGAUCCUUCUGAAGAGGGGCUGUUUGAGGAGGUUCCUGUGGUGUUUGAGGAGCUCCCGGUGGUGUUUGAGGAUGUGGCGGUGUAUUUCACCCGGGAGGAGUGGGGCAUGCUAGUCAAGCGGCAGAAGGAGCUGUACAGAGACGUGAUGCGGAUGAAUUAUGAGCUGUUGGCUGCCCUGGGGCCUGCUGCUGCCAAGCCAGACUUGAUCUCAAAACUGGAACGUCGAGCUGCACCCUGGAUCAAGGACCCAAACAGGCCGAAGUGGGGGAAAGGUCGUCCUCUAGGGAAGGAGAAGCUGGUGGCCAUAAGAGAGUCAGACACACAAGCCUUGGCUAUGGGAUCUGCAGUGCUUCCAGAUCCUUCUACGGAGACCUGUAGCCCCUACUGUAAUUCCAGCCUCUGUGAAGUCGAAGUAGAUGGCCCUAGGAAAAUCAAGAGGACUUACAGACCCCGUUCCAUUCAGAGGUCAUGGUUUGGGCAGUUCCCAUGGUUAGUAAUUGACCCAAAGGAGACCAAGCUCUUCUGCUCAGCUUGCAAAGAAAGACCGAGUCUCCACGACAAAUCGUCCCGGUUAGUGCGAGGUUACACGGGGCCUUUUAAAGUGGAGACUUUAAAAUACCACGAGGUCAGCAAAGCACACAAGCUGUGUGUCAACACUGCUGAGAUGAAGGAAGACGCCCCUGCAGCUGCCCUGGUCCCAGAGAUCUCCAGCGACCUGAUGGCGAACAUGGAGCACUUCUUCAACGCCGCCUACGCCAUCGCGUACCACUCGAGGCCUCUGAAUGACUUUGAGAAGAUCCUGCAACUCCUCCAAAGCACCGGGACCGUGAUUUUGGGCAAGUACCGAAAUCGCACCGCGUGCACUCAGUUCAUCAAGUACAUCUCGGAGACUCUGAAGAAGGAGAUCCUCGAGGAUGUCCGGAGCUCCCCCUGUGCGAGCGUGCUGCUGGACAGCUCCACAGACGCCGCGGACCAGUCCUGUGUGGGGAUUUACCUCCGCUACUUUAAGGGGACGGAGGUGAAAGAGUCGUACAUCACUUUGGCCCCUCUCUACAGUGAGACGGUCGAUGGCUACUUUGAGACCAUCGUCUCUGCGCUGGAUGAACUGGACAUCCCCUUCCGGAAGCCCGGCUGGGUGGUGGGCCUGGGAACCGACGGCUCCGCCAUGCUAAGCUGCAGAGGAGGCCUCGUGGAAAAGUUCCAAGAGGUCAUCCCCGGGCUGCUGCCCGUCCACUGUGUCGCCCACCGGCUGCACCUGGCUGUGGUAGACGCGUGUGGGGGCAUCGAUCUGGUGAAGAAGUGUGACAGGCACAUUCGAACGGUCUUCAAGUUUUAUCAGUCCUCCAACAAGAGGCUGAAUGAGCUGCAGGAAGGCGCGGCUCCCCUGGAGCAGGAGAUCAUCCGCCUCAAGGACCUGAACGCCGUCAGGUGGGUGGCCAGCAAGAGGCGCACGCUGAACGCGCUCCUCGUGAGCUGGCCGGGCCUGGCUCGGCACCUCCAGGGCGUGGCGGAAGCGGGCGGCCAGACCGCGCACCGGGCCAGAGGCGUGCUGAAGCUGACGAAGAGCUUCCGUUUCGUCAAGUUCUGCCACUUCCUUGUGGACUUCCUGAGCAUCUACAGGCCUCUGUCUGAGGUGUGCCAGAAGGAGAUCGUGCCGAUCACAGAGGUGAACGCCGCGCUGGGACGGGCCUACGGAGCCCUGGAGACCCUCCGUCACCAAGCGGGGCCCAAAGAGGCGGAGUUCAACGCCGGCUUCCGGGACGGGCGGCUGCACGGCAUCUGCCUGGACAGAGUGGAGCUGGCGGAACAGCGCUUCCGGGCCGACCGGGAAAGGAUGAUCCUGACGGGCGUCGAGUACCUCCGGCAGCGGUUUGACUCGGCCCGGCCCCCGCAGCUCAAGAACAUGGAGGUGUUUGACACCGUGGCCUGGCCCAGUGGGAUUGAACUGGCCGGCUUCGGGAACGAGGAUAUUCUUGCCCUCGCCAGACACUUCGCGCUCUCUCUCCCCGCAGGCUACAGCGAGGCCGCGCUCCUGGAGGAGUGGCUGGGCCUGAAAGCCGUCGGCAGGAACCUCCCGUUCUCCCUGCUGUGUAAGAACGCCCUGGCCCAGCACUACCGCUUCCCCCUGCUCAGCAGGCUCGUGGCGGUGGUGGUCUGCGUGCCCGUCUCCACCUCCUGCUGUGAGCGGGGCUUCAGUGCCAUGAACCGGAUCAGGACCGAGGAGAGGACCAAGCUCUCCAACGAGGUGAUCAACAUGCUCAUGAUGACAGCGGUGAACGGGGUGGCGGUCACGGAGUAUGACCCCCAGCCUGCCAUCCAGCACUGGUACCUGACCUCCUCGGGCCGGCGGUUCAGCCAUGUCUACGCGUGCGCCCAAGUGCCGCCCCGCUCCCAGGCCCGAGCGGGGCUCAGGAAGGAGAAGAUGGGGGCGCUCUAUAUGGAGGAGGCCGUAACCCAGAAGCCACCCGUUCUAUCCUACAGGGAGCCAGCAGAGAUCCUAAAGGACUGCAUCAUGGACACUCCCGACAGACUCCUGUAUCCCCAUACCAGCCAAGAAGCCCCUGAGCUGUCCUGAUUGAGAGCUCACUAGGGAUCGCCUUGAAGACCCCCCUGCUGUCCUGCCUCUUGGAAUCAUGGUGACAGGCUGUCCGCAGAAUCUCGGCUGCCCUAGAAUCUUCAUCUGCGGGGACUCUCUAAGCAUCAGGAAGUGGGCAGUGACAAGAGAGUUAAGCCCACCUCCCAGAGUGGCAGGGUAAUCAGGAGCACAAGCCUGUUUACCAAGGCCCCUCCCUAAGCAGCGGUGACCUCACAGCACUGAGACAGGCAGGCAGGGUCCUAUCUCAAACUCAUCUUUAAGGUGCUUCAGGAAGUGAUCCUAUCAGGAAGGAUUUCACCCCAUGCUCUGGUAGCAAGAGGACUUCUCUGCUGUGGGAGAGACUGUUGGGGGGAGGAGCUUCAAGGAGCAUUCCAGCCCCCUGGGUGGUUGGGGAGCAUUCCAGGGAGGCUGCCCACAGCCGCAGUGGCAUAGAGGAGGCGCCUGGUGAGGGACGGAGGAUGACCAGGCUCUGGGGACAACUGGCCUGGCUCUGGGAUCUAUCACCGUGGCUCCAUGGCAGACACAGGGAAGCUUCAAACAGGAGAAUCGCAGCAGAGAAUUUCCCUACCUCUCCCCAGGGCCUCCCUUAGGAUGAGGCCAGCAACACCCUCUACACAAAGCACUCGAGAGGCCAUCGUCCUGUGGCCCUGGGAAGGUGGAGGAGUGUCUUUCCAGGAGGGCGCCUGCUGCUUCUCACCGUGGCAGCACUUCUGUGUGGCUGUGCCAGUGCUGGACGUGAGCCCGGGUGGACUCGUCCAGGCUUGCCCUGCGGAGGCUUGGGACCCAGCGCCAGCUCUGCUGCAGGCAGAGGUUCAACCAUAAACCCUUCCUCUUUUCUGUGCCUCAAUUUCCCUCUCCAUGACAUGCAGCAGAGAAUUCAAGUGCCUGCUGGCUCCUGGUCUGCUGCAGGAUGGACAGCGCCUCCAGCUCCCUGAGAAACAGACGUCAGGCGGCACAGAGUGGACUUAGCUGCCUCCGGCCCUUGUUCUUGUCCCUUGUCACCGACGUCCUCACUGUGGGAAGAGGUGCUCCCUAAGUGUGCCACUCUUCCCGAAGUUGCUCUGAGACCCAGCUGGGGAAUCACUAGGGGUGCUUGUUAAAUGUGCCCCCCCCAUACCUGCCUGAUCAGAGCCACGGGACUGGGCUCAGGGGUGGGCCGUUGUCCGCAGGAUCCUCCAGGAACUUUGUGAACCCACUCAAACUUGAGGACCCCACCCCACCUCCCCUGCCUCCUGGAAGUAAAGCACUUUCCCCUCCAGGGCAGCUUUAUUUUGACAGGUUCCUAGGCUGCCUAUCUGGUGGGGAUGAUGUGGGGCCUAGGUCCCGCCUUCCUGACCAUGGGUGGGAAAUGGGGAGGUUAGAGGGAAGGGCUUCUUUGCUCCCUGCCUUUUGCGUUUUAGACAGGCAUGAAGUGGUGCUGCGUCCCAGCCUUGCACCUGGGGUCCCCACCCUGUGAUGCAAGUACAAGUUGUCUGGCCCUCAGCCAGCAGUCUGUCCUCUUCCCAGUCCUGGGGGGUGGGGUGCUGGGAUCCUGUAUCCCCCGGUUCCCGUUGUAUCCGUUGUAUCCGAUUCUCCCUUCCUGCCACCCACCCUUAGCACUUAGUCUUAGUGCCGUCACCUUCCUGUUUUCUUCAGCUGCAGGCCAGGAAUUCACUCUCACUCUCUGCCUUUUAUUUAGCCUGUGGAAAUGUCUCUCCCAGCCCCGGGGUCUGGGCUCUGAGGUAUAGCUUGCAGCUACAGCUCUGGCAGCAUGUGGAGGUGGGAGCCCAGGCCUCCCUCCCCCAUUCAUAUAAAGUUCUAUGGGGAGUUAGGAGUCGGCCUGAGGCUAGGUGUUGCGGGUGUGAAUUGGUGGGAUGGAAGAGAGAAAGACCCUUCAAAGUGGGGGUUGUCACCCCCCCACCCUAUUCCUAGAUUCCAAAUUGAGGUGACUUUCUGGCAUGCCUCCUCCCCAUGGCCUCUUCCAUUCUUUAAGAACCCUCAGAGCAUGAGGCCAGUCCCUCAAGCAGUGAUGUGUGUGAGUUCCGCACACACAAUUCCCUGUGCCGCUCUAGGCACGGAGGUGGAGGCCGGGUAGGGAAGCAUCCAGCUUCCAUAUCCAUGUACUGAGGAAGCCUCCAAUGCCAGCUUUUGAGAAGAUCAGACCCCUUAGAGGGGCGACUGAAAAUGCUGUUUAUCAUAGAGAUUUGCACUAUCCACGUUUCUCUUGGGGCGCAGGCACACUAGCUAAUGGCAAAGGGGACUACCCACUUUUUUGUGCAGGACCCAGGGCUGACACACGGUGAGCGCCCUUACCGGAGAUUAUUACCCAGCCUGAACUCUGUUUUGUUUGAAGACACUCGCUGCGUUUCAAAUCCAGGGCCUGGAGAUACCCUUGUUGGAGAGCCGUCCUGUUUUUGCCUCACAAACAAGCUGAAGGGCACAGGGAAUAGAAGGAGCAAGCCUUUGGCCAGAGUCUUGGCUACGUCUCCACCCUCCUUCCCUUCCUGUAAUCUUCAUUAGCAUCUCCACGUUCUGAUCCCGGCAUUCCCCCCAUCCCUACUCCCACCUCAUAACUGCUGCCCACAGGGUCUGACGUUCUGAGCUAACCGGCAUUAUAACCGAUGGUUUGAUUCCAGGUGCCGUAGAGACAAGGCGGGAGGGAAGUACCUCAGCCCGCUGUCCUCGCCAGACAUCUUAGACAGUGUAACCCACUCCAGACCUUUUGCUUCUCUCUCAAGCCCAUGUGGAGUUCCUAGGGUGCUAAGUAUUUGGCAAGACGGUGUGAAGAUUGGCCAAUUGCCUCGUGCAGGUGUCUGUCAGCCAAGGAUACUCAGGGUGAUUGGCAAGGGGAUGUCCUCUCCUCUUCCGCUUUCAAAGAUGUGCAAAUGAGGUUUAUAAACCAUGUUUGAUUCUCAGCCUUUUGCUACCUGAAUAAAGCAGAGUUUAUUUCGGCAUACGCCUCUGUCCUGUAA